AUGCUUAUAUCAGGUCAUGGAGAUGUGUGGCAUAUGCCUGCAGAUAUACUUGUGAAAGGAAGUGUAGUCAAGGUAGGGUCUGAAGAGGAUGAAGAAGAUAGAAGUGGUGAACCAUUGAAAAAGAAAAUGAGAACUGAAAGUGUUGACGAUGAUGAGAGUUCAGAGUUAGGUGAAGAUUAUGACAGUAGUGUUGAAAAAGGAGUGAAAAAGAAUGCAAUAAGUGAUCAUGCAUUGUCUCAGCUCUUGACGCAAACAAUCGUUAAUGCAUUUGCAGAAGUGAACAAUAAUCAAGAGUUGUCCAGUUCCUUUAUACCAUCUUUUAUUGUCACAUCUAAAAUUGUAAGAAUAACUAUGUACAACUGUAAAUUGGAUAGUCUGAUAAUGACAGAUGAUUUGAAUAUCUUUGUAAAGCCCAAACACAAACCCAUCUUAAAUUUUUCAACUAUCUUGAGUAUCUGGUAUGCCUUGAAUUUUGAAAAUUAUUUUGAUAAAACCAGUGACCUCUUUCUUAAGUUUGAGAAAUUUGUCCACAUUAAGUCAAAUUUUAAAGAACAUGCUGGUGACAGGUUUGAGAUUUAUAAAAAAAAGUGUACCAAACCUAUGUCACAGGCAGCAGAAAUGCAUAAUGGUUUUGAAUUUGUAAUGACAUAUCAAGGUAUUUCAUCUUUCUUUGGUGUAUUAGAUAAAACACUUUCACAGAUUUAAAGGAUGGUA